AAUUUGUAAUGUUCUCUGUUUCAGAUGACCGUAGUUAACGAACGGGUGAACAAUCUACAAGAGUCUUUGGAUUCUCGUAACACUGUACUACAAGACAAGGAACAACUCGUCAAACAACAAGUAGAACAACAUGCACAGGAAAAGACCAAGUUUACAGAGGAGAUGACGAACAAGCUGAACUCAGAGCAGGCUAAAGUCACAGAGCUAACCAAUGCUCUUGAUACUACUCAAAUGCAGCUUGUUGAAGCUAAGGCUGGAUUAGCUGAGAAGACGCAAUCAGAGUUGGUUCUGACAGACCGUGUGUCAGAGCUAGAGGCAAGCCGCAUAUCUCUGCAUGCUGAACUCACUGCCGAACAACAGGAGACCGCUCACUUGAAGAAACAGACGGAGCUCCAAGAUGGCUCACUGGCAGAAAGCUUUUCCAAGUGUGAGAUGCUUGAACAACAGAUAGUCACCAGGGACAAUGUGCAGAGAGAUAUGCAGCAGAAGAUUGAGGUAUUAGAGAAGGACUUGGCUAAGGAAUGUCAACUGUGUAAGAACUAUGAAGUUCAAGUGGUCAAACUGGAAUCUAAAAUCAAGGAGCUUGGUGACAAGUCAUCGGCUCUCAAGACAGAGGUUGAGAGUCUCCAUGCAUCACUCACAAAGACGGAAGAAGAUCUAGAGGUAGUCAGAGGCAGUGAGGCAUCUCUUAUGUGCAGCGUUAAAGGCUUGCAAGAGAUUAAUUCCAGCUUAGAAGGAAAGAUGUCUACACUAGAACGGUCUCUACAAGAUAAAGAGAGAUCAUUCAAUGAAGAAAAGGCUACAUUGACAUCCUGUAUUGAGCAAGAGAGAACCACGGCGAGUGAGUUGAGAGAGAGCAGAGAUGGAUUCCAGUCAGAACUAGAACAAACGAAAGGCUUACUACAGACAGAAAAAACAGAACGAGCAAAGGAGGUAAGCUCCCUGCAGGACGCCAGACAGCUACUGAUCACCCAGAAGCUAGAACUACAGUCUCAGCUGACGGAGAAGGACAACGGACUGUCUGCUGCCCUCGCCGACCAUGAAGAGACCAAGGAAGUGUCCAAGAAGGUUCAGAAUAUGCUGCGGGAGGAGAGUGCUGCAUUACAAAGCAAACUGGCAAGUGAGACACAAGCUAAGGUGGAAGCAGAAGAGGAGCGAGAGCGUCAGGAGCAACGCUACAACAUGCAGCUUAGCGCCCUCAACGAGAACCUGGGCACCCUACGCAGUGACAUGAUGCAGGCUGAUACACGCUCCAGGGAACUGGAGAAGACCGUAGAAGACUUUCAAGGAGAAAAACAUGUCAUGGAGGCGACCAUUCAGAACAGUCAAGAUGAGAGGAGGGCCCUGCUGGAAAGGUGCUUGAGCAAUGAGAAGGAUGUGGAGAAGCUGCAGGCAAAGACCGCUGAGCUGCGACGGAAGCUGGACGAUGCGCAGGCGGCCAUGCACGAGCUUGGUCGUGAGAACCAAGCCCUUCAAAUCACCCAGACCAAGGCAAUGGGUAGGAAGUGGACCGAUGACAAGGAGGUGCUGGACUGCAUGUCCUGUAGCAAAGCUUUCUCACUUGCUGUUAGGAAGCAUCACUGCAGGAACUGUGGCGACAUCUUCUGUCAAGAAUGUUCCAGUAAGAACACCAUGAUUGCAUCGGCCAAGAAACCAGUCAGAGUUUGUGAUGCUUGCUAUGUGGAGCUCAAAAAAUAAAGCCCCAGAGUCUUAUCCUUAGAUACCGGUGGAUAAUAUGUAAGGAACUGAGAGCUGGGUGGUAGUGAAUUCUGUCUUUAAGAUAAACCUGUCCAAAUCGACUAUGUUUAUCAUGUUCUUUCAUAGGAGGCAGCAAAGAGUCAAGCAAGAUAUGUUAAAGAUAAGCUUAAUGACGGUGCACAUUGGCAUAUAGACUAGGUUUGCCCACCUUGUGAAUGUCCAGCAUUCCCUGCAGUCUUUGGGUCACCUUGUUGGGUAAUUAGAUCGUUUGAGGACUCCUUCUGGACCUGACUUCUUUGGUGAUCUUGAUUACACAUAAUUAACAAACUGAAGUCGACUGUGCUCCUGCCAACAGGUCGGAUAUAGUAAGUUUUUUCUACUUAAAGUACCCACAUUCACCUAGGGUGGCAGCUUUGAAAUAACAGCAAAAGAUUGCUUAGGAACAAACACAGACGGCUUCUUCAAACGUCGUUUGUCUACCCAUCGGGAACUGGAGUUGAAUGCAGAUAUUAAGAUGUAUCCAAGUUGAGAAGUUAGUCCAUACCGAGCUACCAGACAACUCAUGAAGGGAGUGCGCUACAAGGACAGUGUGGUGUGGUGCAAUGUCCUUAACCAUUUCAUUUUUUAAACUUUCACCAUUCUGUUUCUCUUAUUUUUCUUAUUUCAUGCAAAUGUACUGAGUAAAAAGAUUGGAUUACCAUUCAAAAUAUUGUGAUUAUCAUGAAAUAUGCACCACUCUGCACAGUAUCGCUUAUUUCGUUGCACAAAUCGGCAUCUUCUUCCCCCUUCGAUAGAUUGUGCAAGCAAGGGUAUGCUUGUACUCUGCAUCAGUUGUUCCCUAUUUCACUGUCUAGUUAAAUUAUUUUCCAACAAUGAAACUAAGAUACUAAACGAAACCGAUGAAUUGGUGACCUUGAACCAUAGUCACCUUGCUAUAGAGUGCUUUUGAAAAAGUGAGGUCUUGCUUUUAUGUCUUUCAGAAUUUAGAUUCGUGUAUUUUUGCACAGAAUGAAAAAGUUGUUAACUUCUUCAAUGUAAAUAAAAUCCUUACAACUUAGUACGUGAGCUUGUAUGAUCCUCAUAAAGAUAGUCUGUUGUCCAAUCAGACGUAUUUGUUAAAACCAAUGCUACAAUGUCAGACAUUAUUUCAGCUCAGUAACUUGUUCACAUUACUGUUGUAGUCAUUCAGCAAUUGAUAAGAAUGUGGGGAAUAUUGACUGAUAUAAUCUUUAUAUCUACAAUGAUAACAGAAUAGCAAUGGACUCUUGCAGCUCUCACAGACAUAUGGGCCUAUAUUCUACUAAAAUUUAAACCUUGCACUAGGUUUAGGCAUUUGUUUAAGGUCGGGUUUAACAAACAACAUUAGUCUGACGUGUAAGUUAUCCUUUUGUGAAACAUGACCUUAGCCCCAGGGUUGGGUUUGACUGAACUGGUAGAAUACAGAACUUGGAGUUUUAAUGCCUUUGGAUAAUUUUAAGCAUCUUGCAAUGAUUCACUUGAUUAAAGUACCCCCCCCCCCCCUCCUCCUGAUUAUUUCUUUGUACACAGUUGUAUUUUACAGAAAUAUAGCCAUUUUUAUUUUUGCAAAGUGGUAAGUGAUAUAUGAUGUUAUUUCCUGAUAUGUUAUCUCACCAUCUAAUUCAUUUCUCUGGGUCUGUAGGUUUAUUAUCAAAUUGCAAUGAUUUUUUAUUCAGAUCAUCUGUGUUGAUUUACUUUUCUGUUUUGAUGUGCUAUAAGUUUCAAAAAGUAUGUUUAAAAUUUAAUAAUUGUGAUUUUCAUUUUGCAUUCCUACAUUAAUCCACCAGACAUACAUAUUACUUUCUUUUUUAUUACCCACAUUAUGAUUGUUCUUUUGUAUAUUUAUCAUGAUAAACAAUUUUGUUAUUUUAGUAUCUAUCAAUUUAUCAAACUUUACUUAUCUAUUUUUUAUCUUAUUGUUCAUGCUAUCACUGCUGUUGCUGCAUAUAAUAUUCUGACAGGGAAAUACAUAAUGGCAUACGAUAUACCUAAAAAGAGUGCUUUCUCAUCCUUGACAACAAUGUAUAUGUAGGUUUACCAUUAUUUGUGCAUAAGUAGUUAGAGUAAAACAAAACUUAUAACUGGUAGUAUUUAAAAACCUCAUGUGGAAAAGAAUAUACACAUAUUUUGUUUUUCGUUCUUGGUUUUGUUUUUGUUUUGGGGGCUCCCCCACCCCCCCCCCCCCCAAUUCUUCCUUCAGUCUAAGUCAUCUUUCUGUAAUGCAUGAACUGCUAAACAUUUAUGUGCAAGCAUUAUAAACGUGUUUACUUUAGGUCAGGACUCAGGAGUUCCAUUCAUAAUCUAAUCAAAGGAGAUCAUUGAUUUUCUCUAGCUGGACCCUUAUAAAAUGUUUUUUUGUGUUGAGGAUAUUAUCUAGUCGCAACAGGAAGCAUACAUUUUAGAUUUACUUUUAAGGCACUGAUUGAACCAUCACAGAUUAUUCAAGUUCACUUAUAGAAUUCUUAUAACAAUGCCAAUAUGUUUCAGAAAUAUAUUAUAUAGAGGCAGAUAUCAAUUAGAAAUCAUUAUAGAUUCCAUUUUCAAGGGAAGGUGUUUGAUUGCAAUAUGUUAUUUUUUAUAUUAUUUUUCUUUCAUUGUACAGAUAUCAAUUCGUUCUUGCAUUUUUCCUUGAUAAAAAAGGAUAGGAUUGUUUAAUUUGCUUUUUGUUCAUGUUUUGGUGACAUUCCAUUGAUUUCAAUCAUUAUUUACUCAGUGAUGUAUGCAUUUCUGACAUAUAUUGGUUGUAUAUGAUUAUUUUAUGUUCUCCCUUUUUUUCUUCAUUUAAGCAUUUGUGAAUUUAUUGGAUUUGGGAGCAUUCAAAAAUAUUUUGCAUUAUAAUGUUAUAAUACAUUUUCAUUCUUAUGUUAGUUCAUAUUUAUUCAUAUCAGAACCAAGUGAGAAAACAUCUAAUCUACAAUGAAUUGCUCUUACCAGUGAGGAGGGAUUGAUCUAAGCAUAAUGCUAGUUGCACAGUUCAGCAGAGUUGUAUGCAAGCACAGAAAGAGUAAUUAUUUACAAGUCUUCCCCAAUCUUGCUCUUUAGGAGAUUUUACAGGGUACUGCAUUGGAAAGAAAUAAAGUAUUUAUAUACCAUCCCUUCCAUAACGUUCAUAGAGGUUUAUAUUAUUUAAAAAACAGAGAAACCUGUUCCAAAUGGAAUUAAUGGCCCCAUGUGGUUCAGUCUUUCCUGAAUAAUUGUAGCCCUUCAUGUCCCUUGGUUGUUCAGUCAACAUCAAAAUGUCUAUUAUUAUUGUUAUUAUUAAGUAUUUGGCGUCACCUGUGCCUGGGAGGCGAAAAGAGAACUAAAUGAUGUUAACCCUCGGGGGGGGGGGGGGGCGGGGUCUCUCCUUCAGGUAUAAUUGAUUUGGGGUGUGAAGGUGGACCAUUAUUUCUGUAAUCCUCUUUCCGAGCUAUCUUUGCAUAUUUUGCAUUUCACAACCCUGUAAAAUUGGAUGUACCCUUGUGAAAGCAACAACCAUGUCCAAUAAACUACUGGUGCUACCAACAAGAAAAAUCUUGGGAAGCAACAUUACCUUAAUGGGGUGUAUACUAGGGGUUAUUUAGCCAUCUUUGAAUUGUCAUGUGUAUAUACAGAGUGAACACUGCAGGGCCCCGGACAAGUAGUAGUCUCAGGGGCCUAUUCAACACACAUGCAAGAAAUAACUGCCAUUACUCCUCAACAGAUUUGUUCAGUGCCAAUCAAAUGCAACGUUUGUAGCUUAUAUCAAUCGUAAUUGUAAUUUGUUCAUGGAUACCAAGUUUUGUUGGACAGACCUUGCAUCUAUAUAGGGCCAACACUGCCUUUUUCUUUGAUAUAUUUAUGGAUUUAAAACCAUGCUGCAUACACCUACAUACUUAGAGCUAAAAGGACGUUAACUCAAUUCAUUUAGCACAGGUCAUUGCCCUUCUGGCUCUCAACGGAUGUAUUAUGUACAUUAUAUAUUUUUUAAAGAUAUGUCUAAGUAAUAGUUCCUCCAUGUACAUCGUGUACACUGUUGCAAUUAUUGGUGUACAUCUUGAAUUGAAUUGAAUUGAUUUAUUGUCCAUACAAAAUGGAAAUUCGUUGUAUGUUUCCAAGAUGAAUAUUGCGACUAUUAACCUGAAUUGAUAUUAUUUACGGAUUGUUAUAUUUUCAGGAAUUCUAAGAAUCAAUUAUUAUGUUAUUACUCUCAAUAUUUUGCUACUGAAAAUCCAUAUCUGGAGUCAUGUCAUGUGUUACUAAAAGUAAAUUCAGUUCAAAGUGUUAAAGCUUUCUUUAUCAGCGCUCUUCCAGUAGAUAAAACAAAUUACAAUUAAUUUGAAAAUAAAUUGCAUGGAUUCGUUACAAAUAAGAUCGAGAGAGAAAACCUAUAGGAUAGCAGUAUAUAUAUUGUUAUAUUGGUAACCAUGAUCAUAUAGUUCUAUUCCCAAAUGUCUAAUUAAUCAAGGGUAGAGCAAGACUAUAUUAGGUGAAUAGAUGUGUGCUCAUCUAUGACUAUUAUGUACCAACAUUUUACAACGAAACAGAUAUACAGUGGGAAAGGUAAGACUUCACAUGGACACUCGCUUUUCUAUUUUUUUAUGGAGGCAAACGUUUUCAUACUAGUUUAGGGUGUUAUUGGGUAGCAUUUCAGUUCAAUUUUGUUCAAAACAAGAGUCUUAUGUCUUUCUCUCUUUUAUUUAAUUUGCAGUUGCUUUAUAUUAUCAUAUACACAACACAAGGUUGUAUGACAGAAGCUAUUUGAGGCUAAAUAUUAACCAUCUUGCUUCCGUAAUAGUCACAAAGAAACCAAAUCAGCAACUUACGUGAUUGAGAUGUGGGCUUGUAAUGAAAUCUAUUGAACAUGUUUUAAAUUUGGAUUGUUUUACAAUAUGUCUAGUUGUAAAACAUCACUUUGAGAGUUUAUCAUUCAGAAAUAAUAUUUUGUACAAAUUGACUUAUAGAUUCAGUAGUUUUUGAUUAACAAGAAGUGGAAAUACAUGUAUAUAUUUAAAGAAAUCUAAUAAAGAAUAUCAACCUUGCCAAGACAA